AUGCAACGAGAAGACACUUUACUCUCAGCAACAAAUGAAAAUGAAACGAAUCUAAUUUUAAUUGAUUUUUUAACCCAUGGUCAACUACUAGCAAAUAAUUCCUUGUUUAUUAAACUCAAGAACAAGAUGGAAGCAGGAACUCGAUGGUUAGCACGAGGUUUUUCUACAAAUUUUGAAUGGGUUCAUUCAAUCGGGACAACAGUAGAAUCAUCACAGAACGAUUUUCAAAAUAAUUGCGAAACGCAUGUGUAUCUAGAAUUUCCGUAUGAUGUCAAAAUCAGUUACAAUCAGCAAUGUAUUUUAAUCACUGACUUUCUCACUCAUCAAUUGCUCGUAUGUGAUUUAAUGAAUUACUCUCCUAAAGCAUACAUCGACGCUCCGAGCGAUUUUCCUACUCAUCAAAAGUUUGUGUCUCAAUGA